UAGCAAGUAAUAGCUCAAAACAGGUCACACACAAAAAGAAAAGAAAAAGCCUUCAAAGCUUUUUCUUUUAAGCGGUCUAGUCAACCAUAUCUGUGACCGUAUUUUUAGCUGGAAUACAUCGUUUGUGUCAGUUGGCGAUGUGUAUUUGUAAUAGUUGGCUUGUGAACAUGCCCGAGGGUCGGGAGCGCGCAUCAGCUGAUAUCUGCAGUGAGAGCACAACCAGACAUGGAUCAACUCAAAGUCAAAGACAGGAUCCUUGAAAAUAUCUCUUUCUCCGUCAAGAAGUUGCAGAGUUACUUUGCUGCCUGUGAGGAUGAGACACCAGCCAUCAGGAAUCACGACCGGGUUCUUCAGCGGUUGUGUGAGCACCUUGAUCAUGCUCUGCUCUAUGGACUGCAGGACAUCUCAUCCGGUUACUGGGUCCUUGUGUUACACUUCACUCGGCGAGAGGCUGUCCGACAGAUUGAUGAGCUCCAACACAUUGCUACCAAUCUUGGCAGAAGCCGUGCCUGGCUCUACUUGGCACUCAGUGAAAGUUCUUUAGAAAGCUACCUCAGACUUUUUCAAGAGAAUCAAGGACUACUACAGAAAUACUAUUACAAGAAUGCAUUGGUUUGCAGUCAUGACCAUCUCACUCUGUUUCUUACGCUUGUCUCUGGGUUGGAAUUUAUCCGGUUUGACCUCGAGCUGGAUGUGCCAUACCUGGAUGUUGCUCCUUACAUGCCAGAAUACUACAAACCUCUAAAUCUGUUGGAUUUUGAGGAGAGGUUGCCAAGCUCUGAUAGUCUGUCUCUGCACUCUUUCACAUCUCUGACCUCCACUAACCUUGAGUGGGACGACAGCGCCAUUGCCCCAUCCAGUGAAGAUUAUGAUUUUGGUGACAUCUUCCCUGUGUUGCAGUCAUUGCCAAGUGCAGACUGGGAAGAAGGGGACUUGUCUGAUCUAGUCAGUGGGCCUCGUUCCUCAGGUUCAGACCCUCAGACUGUUGUCAGUGACUGUGUAGUGGUGAGGGCCUCUGCUGGCAACAUCAGGACCACAUCUCUUUCGCGAAGCCCUAGACUUCUACAUAACCCCUUCAGUGAGGACUCAGACACAAACACUUCAGCUGAUGUCACCCCUGUCCACAUGGCUAGCCGUCAAUUUUCUACAACAGGAGAAGACCCUGAGAAUGCCAACACUGUGCUGGAGGUCAUUAGGAUGUCAAGACGCAGAAGACCUGGUAAGAAACAAUGUGGGAGGGGAUCGACAGACUCUGUGAGCAGUGUUCAGAAUGUAAUUUCUCCAGACAGGCCUGACACUGAGGAAUGUGUACAGAUUGUAGUUGAGAGGGACAUUGUAGUGGACAGCCUUAAUGUGGAUAAAUGGGUUCCUCUAGAGGGGCCAGACUGUCCUGUGACCAACUUUCUGAGGAAUGGGAGAGAGGAGGGAGAGGCUGAAGACUCUGGAGCUGGGCUGAGACUCCCUAAGAUGACUGACACCUCUAUGGACAGUGUGGGGCAACCCCUUCGUGAGGUCAUGGACAGAUUGAACGGCUGUCUGGAUGGAGAGAACUGGGAGCAAGGUGAAGAGGUGGAGGGAGCUGAUGGAGUCGGCAGAGCUUACACUAGUCAUGAUGGUGCCAGCUCUGCCGUGGGACCCCUCAACCAGCGGCCCUUUCGAGAGGACUCGGGUGGCGAACCCCCAGACCCAGACUCCCAGCCAAGCCCCAGCUUCCUGCAGGCCCCCAUGCCACCUGCAGACUUCUACUGCUUUACCUCCCAGAGUCCAGACCCUGCUGCCUCGUGUGGUGGCCACCAUGACUCUGCAGGGAAUGGCGAGCCGCAGGAUGUUCUUGGUGGCCAUGAAGUUGAGAGAAAAACAGAGGCACCAGCCGCAGGGCAGGAUACCUCCAUCCCCAUAGAGGAGUCAGAUGUGGAGAAACAGAGUAAAACAGAAGAAAAGCAGGAGGAAGAUAAAGACAGUUCAAUACAUGGCUCCCAUGCUGCAGAGUUUAAGGUGGAUAAUAAUCACCUACUGCUGCUCAUGAUUCAUGUUUUUAGGGAAAAUGAAGAACAGCUCUUUAGGAUGUUUAAGAUGAGUACAGGCCACAUGGAAGGAGAUUUGCAGCCCCUUUAUCUGCUUUUGACAAAUUGCUACAUUUACCUCUUGCGAAAAGGGGCAGCAGAGAAGCCCUACAGUGUUGAGGAGGCCGUGUCUUACAAUGAGCUGGACUACAUAUCUGUUGGACUCCACCAGCAGACUUUCACUCUAGUCUGCAUUAACAGAAGACGGCACUUCCUUCUGGACACAGCAGAUUCAUCCCUGACUGUCUGGUUUCUGACUGUGCUGAAGACAGCUCUGGAAAACAGUUGCAGGAAUCCUCCCUACCCCUCCGUUCUUACUGAUGCCACCAUGGAGAAACUUGCUCUCUCUAAGUUUGUGUGCCAAGAGACUCACUGUGAGUUGUCAGAGGUGAGUAUUCGUCUGUAUUCUCUGGUUCACUGGGAGGAUCCAAUGGAUGUGUCGGUGGCUUCACCUACAUCUCCGUCAGGCUCAAGAUCCAGGAGCACAAAAGAGGGUGCACUCUUUUACCAGUCCGGGAGCUCCUAUCUGGGGAAGCAAGUGUGGAAAAGCUGUUACUUGGUGCUCAGCAAUGGAAUCCUCUAUCAGUAUGCUGAGAGAACAGAUGUUACGCCUUUGAUGUCUGUUACCAUGGGGAGUGAGCACUGUGGAGGUUGCAGGCGAUCAAACAGCUUGGAGAAGCCACACGCAUUUCAGAUGAUCCUGACGGAACAUCCUCCAUUAGAGCUCAGCGCAGAGAAUGAACAGGAAAUGGCUGACUGGAUGCAGCUGCUUUGCCAGUUUGCCUCUAAAGGGGUUAUUCCACAAGGAGUGGCCCCUGCACCCUGUAUCCCAUGCUGCCUUGUGCUCACAGACAGGAAGUUGCUGACAUGUCACCAGGAUUGCCAGACUAGUUUUUUCCGUUCUUUAGGAGAAGUUGAUCUGAACGAUGUCACAGCUGUUUGCCUGGAGGAGGAUAAAGAAUACUGUGUCAUUGAGUUUGUAGAAGAUCGUGCUCAGUUUCUCCCUCCGUGGGUUCUAUAUUUCAGUGGAUGUGAGGAGAGAGAUCGAUUGCUAGCAGAAUUGAAUCAAGCUUGGACUGCUGUCUUCCAGGUGAGCCUAACUCGUAAGCCAGUGUCAGACCUGUCAUUGCAGAAGCGGUGCGGGGAGGCGCUGGAGCUGAUGAAGAGUGCCUGGCAGAGGAGUGACAGUAUACACAGAGGCCGAUCCGAGAGAGAGCCCUGGUGCUGACUACCUGUCAAUCACCACAUUGAGCCCACGAUUGGAUAGGUUAGGAUGGGGAGGUCAGCUCUCCAGCAAAAUUACUCUAUGUAGGUAUGAGCAGACCAUGUGACAUCUACAGCUCAUAAAGAGGAGAUAUAGAUACUAAAUUGGAGGAAAUUUUGAACGGUGUGGGCUUAUGUGAUAUUUAACUAAUGAUGAUGCAUUACCUUGUUUACACUUGCCUUGCACAAAUAUUUAAAGAGCCCUGUUAGCUUUUGCUGUCACAAGUGGAGGCGUGCAACAGGAAAAAGAAAAAGCAAUCAUACAUAAUUGGAAUAUGUAGAGUAUAAAUACAUAUCUGCAACAAGUAUACAUUUUAUUUUACCUUACCUGUCCUCCUUGUGUAAAUUUGUCAAUGUACAGACACUGCACAUGUAUAUACAAUCAGUCGAGGUACGUCUUGCUUUCUGAACACUUGUGUUCACUCCAGUUAACAAAGUGAAGGAUUUUAGUUAUGUAUACUGUUUUGAUACUUUCUAGCUGCUUUAAAAUGAUCAUCCUUUUAAGUUGGCUUAAGUAUUUAAAGCCAUUCCCUGUUCCUUUCUUAGUGGUACAUUUGAGGAAAUAUAAGACUUCAAGCUAAAUACUGUAAAGUUUGUUUUAAGAAUGUUGAGAUGGAUUUUAAAGAGAGUAAACUUGAGUAUGUGAAUACUUGUGAGACUGUAAUGAAUGGAAACAAAUCCGAAGCACAAUCUCAGGUAUAUUAAAGUUUGUUCUAGUCAACUGUGAUAUUAAAUGAUACAUUGCUGGACCCUGAUGGAAUGCAUUUGUUCGUUAGCAAAUUCAAAUGCGGUUGAAGGAAAAAUAUUUGUUAUUAUUAUUAUUUUAUUUUAUGCUGUGUGACUGUUAAAAUUGAAAUGACCUAAUCAAUUACAGUUGAAGUCAGACGUUUACAUACACUUAGGUUGAAGUCAUUAAAACAAAUUUUUUAACCACUCCACAGAUUUCAUAUUAGCAAACUAUAGUUUUGGCAAGUUGUUUAGGACAUUUACUUUGUGCUUGACUCGAGUACAUUUUCCAACAAUUGUUUACAGACAUAUUUUUUCACUUUGAAUUGACUGUUUCACAAUUCCAGGGAGUCUGAAGUUUACAUACACUAAGUUAACUACCUUUUAAGCAGCUUGGAAAAUUCCAGAAAAUUAUGUCAAGCCUAAUUUAACUUCUGAUAGGCUAAUUGGAGUCAAUUGGAGGUGGAUGUAUUUUAAGUUCUAUCUUCAAACUUGGUGUCUCUUUGCUUGACAUCAUGGGAAAAACUAAAUAAAUCAGCCAAGAAAAAUAUUUGUGGACCUCCACAAGUCUGGUGGCUCAGUGGUGGCUCAGUGGUUGAGGCUCAGGGUUACUGACCAGAAGGUCAGGGGUUCAAGACCCAGCACCACCAAGAUGCCACUGUUGGGCCCUUGAGCAAGGCCCUUAACUCCAGGUUGCUCCGGGGGGAUUGUCCCUGUAAUAAGUGCACUGUAAGUCGCUUUGGAUAAAAGCGUCUGCCAAAUGCAUAAAUGUAAAUGUAUCCUCGGGAGCAAUUUCCAAAUGCCUGAAGUUACCACGUUCAUCUGUACAAACAAGAAUAGACGCAAGAAUAAACACCAUGGGACCACACAUCCAUCAUACAGCUCAGGAAGGAGACUCAUUCUUUCUCCUAGAGAUGAAUGUAGUUUGGUGCGAAAAGUGCAAAUCAAUCCCAGAACAACAGCAAAGGACCUUGUAAAGAUGCUGGAGGAAACAAAUAGACUAGUAUCUAUAUCCACAGUAAAAGGAGUCCUAUAUUGUCAUAACCUGAAAGGCUGCUCAUCAAGGAAGAAGCCACUGGUCCAAAACCACCAUAAAAAAAGCCAAACUACAAUUUGCAAGUGCAAGGGACAAAUAUCUUACUUUUAGGAGAAAUGUCCUCUGGUCUAAUUAAACUAUUUUUACUGUUUGGCCAUAAUGACCAUUGUUAUGUUUGAAGGAAAAAGGGUAAGGCUUGCAAGCUGAAGAACACCAUCCCAACCGUGAAGCAUGGGGGUUGCAGCAUCAUGUUGUGGGGGUGUUUUGCUGCAGGAGGGACUGGUGCACAUCACAAAAUAGAUGGCAUCAUGAGGAAGGAAAAUGAUGUGGAUAUAUUGAAGCAAAAUCUCAAGACAUCAGCCAGGAAGUUACAGCUCAGUGUUACAGCUCAGUUGUAAAUGGGUUUACCAAGUGGGCAAUGACCCCAAGUAUACAUCCAAAGUUGUGGCAAAAUGGCUUAAGUACAACAAAGUCAAGGUAUUGAAGUGGCUAUCACUGACCUCAAUCCAAUAGAAAAUUUGUGGGCAGAACUGAAAAAGCAUUUGCUAGCAAGGAGGCCUACAAACUUGACUCAGCAUCAGCAGCAUCUUAUUGUGAGAAGCUUGUGGAAGGCUAAACAAUUUAAAGGCAAUGUUACCAAAUACUAACAAAGUGUAUGUAAACUUCUGACCCACUGGGAAUUUGAUGAAGGAAAUAAAAGCUAAAAUAAAUAAUUAUCUCUACUAUUAUUCUGACAUUUCACAUUCUUAAAAUUAAAAGUAGUGAUCCUAACUGACCAAAGACAGGGAAUAUUUCUAAGAUUAAAUGUCAGGAAUUGUGAGAAACUGAGUAUGUAAACUUCUGACUUCAACUGUAUGUUUUAACACUUAAAUGUUACAGAUACACUAAAUGUUGCACGUGCAUUGUUUCAAAGAUGUGUUAAUAUGACAACAACUGUAAAUUAAGGAUUCUGUAAAUGGGGAAAAGUAUGAAUAAACUAUAAUAGUUGCAUUUUUAAUACUUGCUGCCUAUGACCUGAUAUUAACCAU